GAAGCCAAAAGACAUAAACAAGAAAGGUCAGGUGGUAAUAAUCUGAAUGAAAACAACACUGAUAAAGAGCAGGAUAUCGAAAGCAGUGAGAGAUUGGAUGUUUUGAUACAAGAUAUUGCAGCUGGGAAAGAUGUGAAAAUGCUAUCCCAGGAAGAUGAAUCUCUUGAAACUUUGUUGAAAAAAGAUAGAAAUGAAGAAAAUCAGCAAGUACCAAAUAAUACAAUAAAGCAAAUCGAAAUGAGCACAGACCUACAACAAGAUGGGCUAGAUGACUAA